AUGUCAGACUCUGAAGCUGCUUGCGUUUACGCCGCUCUCAUCCUUCAAGAUGAAGGUCUUGAUGUUUCUGUUGAAAUGAUCGAAAAGAUCAUCAACGCUUCCGGUUUAGCCGUUGAAAACAUCUACCCAAAGAUCUUCGCCAAGGCUCUUGAAGGUAAGGACAUCAAGGACUUCCUCUUCAACAUUGGUUCCGCUGGUGCUGCUCCAGCUGUUGCUGGUGGUGCUGCCGCUGGUGGUGCUGCUGCCGCUGAAGAAGAAAAGGAAGAAGAAAAGGAAGAAGAAGAAGAAUCCGACAGUGAUAUGGGUUUCGGUUUAUUCGACUAA